AUCGGCAGAUUUUAUUUUCGGCCGAAAAAUCGUCCGAUUUUCGACCCAUCUAUGGCCUGCAUUACUCCAAUGAUUGCAAAAAUUGGCCGUUUUUCAUGAAUUUUCCAGCAUGACCGAUAAUGAAGUUGAAGAGGAACCGCGAAAAUCGGCUGAUGUCAUUGCCCUGCUAACAGUGCGAAAAUCGGCCGAUUAUUCUUUCAGACAAAAAAUCUGCCGAUAAACGAACCGUCUAUGGCCUGCAUUAGAAUUUCACCGAGCACAGCAG